UUACAGGGUAGAGUAUUUAAAAGCCUCAUUCAAGAUUAUGUCGAAAGGGACGGAUUUCUUCAGAAAACGUUGGUGCCAUAUUACAAUACCGAGGAUGGCAACAGGGUGUCCCAGAGAUACCUUCACACCUCUGAGACGGUUUAUCCACAGUACAUUCAGGAACUGAGGGGGAUUGCAGAUGGUGCACAAUUGGACUUCAUUCAAUUAUUUUUACUUCACCUUGAACCAGAAAUAUCAGUACGUCUGGCAGUUAACAACCCGCAAGAUGGCUGCACGGCAGUAUUAGUUAACACACAGGAGGCACACAUAAUGGCACACUCAGAAGACGCAAACCCGGUCAUGCAGAACUUCUGUUAUAUCCUACAAGUCACCAUUGUGUCUGAGAAAUCUGGUGACGAAGUUGAAAAUUUCACAGCAUUUGCGUACCCAGGAUGCCUGCCAGGAAAUGCAUUUGGUUUCAACGUUCAUGGACUCGUGUUUACAGCGAAUUAUGUACCGCAAGUCUGGGUAUCGGACAAUGCCAUACCUCGGCGUGUUUAUAAUAGAGCCCUGCUUGGCGUGAGAAGUGAAACAGAACUUUGGGCGCUCUUCAAUCAAAACCCAGGUAUUGGUUCAGGCUUCAAUUUUAACAUCACCUGGCUUCCUCCAUGCACUGAAGAGCAAGAAAAGCCCAUCCGCAUGUUUUCUGUUGAGUUAGCAAGCAGUGAAAAUGGAGCCUGUAUCGCUGAAAAGACUAUAAGUUCAGGAUUUAAUUUUCAUUUCAAUGUCUACCAAGACCUAAAAGUGCCAAACUAUCCAUGUCGCAGCAGUGAGCGCCGUCAGAAGAGAGUAGAGGAAUUGUUACACCAUCGUGACGUCACAACAAAGGAGAAAAACCUCAGCGCAGUGUGUGACAUCAUGUCUGACGUCACCGACAAAGAUUUUCCUUUGUUUCGUGACGGAAGAGAACCGGAUUAUUUGGCCACUAUGGCAGUUGCAAUAAUUGACUUGGACGAAGAAACUGUGGAUGUGUACGUCGAUCAACCCAACUCAACGAAGCCAAUUGUUACUUUUAGCUUACGGGCAGGGCAAAACCUGUAACUCUGUCAACCAAAAGAAACUUAGUGGGAUAUUAUAAGUGCUUUUAAGCAUGGAAAAAAACAUGCGUGGCACCUACAUGUAUGUAAUAUUGGUAUUUUUAUUCAGACAGUGGACAUCAUUGACGAACUCGUUGAUCAAUACUUUACUUGCCAAUUUCAAAUACAUCGGGGUGUGUGGGGGGGUGAGGACCCAAGCAGCCUAGUGUCCCACAUGUUCGACAAUGUUACUAACAUAGUAAAACCAUGUUCUUCCUGCGCCUUCUUGCAUGUAUUUCUGAAUAUGGGUAACUGUUUAAGGGACCUUUUCCACAGAUAUUUGGAUCGAUCUAUCUCCCUGGGGAGUCUCACUAAAUUUCUGUCAACUUGACCGGUUUAAAUGUCUGUCACGUCUAGUAAAACUGUUAGGCGGUAAUUUUCCUUACCCUUAGCUGAUUCGGUAGGCGUGACAGAAAUUUAAGCCUCUUGAGCUGAUAGCAAUAUAGUGUGAAACCCCAGGGAGUU